UCUCCUAGACUGGGAAGCAGAACGCAGGCCCCCUGCUGCAACGCUGCACCUGAGCAGAGGCUGACCUCAGAGGGCCAGGGGCUAUGUCUCUCAUCUCAUGGCUUCGGUGGAACGAGGCCCCAUCCCGACUGUCCUCCAGGAGCCCUGCUGAGAUGGUGCUGGAGACACUUAUGAUGGAGCUGACAGGGCAGAUGCGAGAGGCUGAGAGGCAGCAGCGGGAGCGCAGCACUGCGGUCAGGAAGGUCUGCACCGGUGUGGACUACAGCUGGCUGGCCAGCACACCCCGGCCCACCUAUGACCUCAGCCCCAGUGAGCGGCUGCAGCUGGAGGAUGUCUGCGUUAAGAUCCACCCAUCCUAUUGUGGGCCUGCCAUCCUCAGGUUCCGGCAGCUGCUGGCGGAGCAGGAGCCCGAGGUGCAGGAGGUGUCCCAGAUUUUCCGCUCGGUGCUGCAGGAGGUUCUGGAGAGGAUGAAGCAGGAAGAGGAGGCCCACAAGCUGACGCGCCAGUGGAGCCUGCGGCCCCGCGGCAGCCUGGCCACCUUCAAGACCCGCGCGCGCAUCUCCCCCUUCGCCAGCGACAUCAGGACCAUCUCCGAGGACGUGGAGCGGGACGCGCCGCCGCCACUGCGGUCCUGGAGCAUGCCUGAAUUCCGGGCGCCCAAACCCAACUGA